AUGAAGGUUCUUCCAAUUGUCCUCGCUGCAGCUGCUUCUGGCCAACAGGUUUCUGAUGAAGCAACCGCUGCUUGGGCCUCGGUCCAACAAACCGGCAUCAAUCUCUACAACGGUGUUUUGGCCGCCUAUGAGAACAAGAAUAUCCCCCCAGUCCGAAAGGCUUUCAGACAAGAAUUGAGGAAAAAGCCAAAACGCAAGUUAUCGAAACGUUUUUUAUGA